UUAUUGUUUAUUUAAUUGCACGUUGCGUCGUUUUGCCCGUACGCGUUUUGCUCGAUUGCUAGGUAUUCUUGCAUUAAAUUACUAAAUCAUGUGUUCCAAUAUUCGACGGUAUAUACCAAAGUUAAACCGUGGCCUAAUUAUGCCAGCGUUCCGAUCCUUUCACGAUGAGUUUUCUUCAAAAGUUCCUCUAGAGGAAGUGCGCAAACAGACGAAAGAAAAACAACAGAACGUCCCGAGUGCUCGGUCGAUUGCCGCCAAAUAUCAGGUGUUUCGAGACACUGAUGCACCGGUGAUUUUAGAUGUGGACGAGGAAAGAUUACUCCACGAAGCGGGAUUACAGCAACCGGAAAAGGUGCACGAUUUGCCAGACAUGUACAGUGGUAUCAACCUAGCCCGAGGAAAAAGUGGAGUGUACGAGAUAGAAGAUUUGGUGACCGUUCUAAGGCUAAACAAUGCUAUAAACAUAUUCGUAUGCACAGUUCCGAAAGACAUCAAAUAUGUGGACUACAUGUGCAUAGUGUCCGGCCGCAGCGCUAGACAUAUGCGAGGAAUGGCCGAGUUUGUACGGAAAGUGUUUAAAAUGAAACGAAAGUCUAGCGACGUUAUACCAAAGAUUGAAGGUGAAUCAAGCAACGAUUGGAUGGCACUGGACCUAGGCAACAUAGCGCUACACAUUUUCUCCACAAAGGCAAGAGAACAGUACGAUCUCGAGUCGCUUUGGAGUGUGGGAUCGGAGUACGAUCGAGAGUACAAUAAACCGAGCGAAGAGUUAGUGCAAUUGUUCGAGAAACAUACGAUCUAUUUGGACGAUUUGAAACCACUCAAAAAAGAAGCUGAAAAUGUAGAGACGUAGCGAUAAAUUGUUAUAAAAAAAGUUGUUGUAGAAUAAAAAUAGAUCGAUGGUAAGCCCCAUAAAGAUGCCGAUGAGAA